UCAUAUCUCCGGGUCUGCGCUCUCAGUGGUCACAGGAGGCUGAUGCGCGCAGCUGGGUCGCCGCUCACAGUAACUUUCAAUUCCUUUCGGAUCCCCCAAACCGCAAAGAAAACGUCGUUAUGAGAGAAUCCGUUUGGAAUGAGCGAUUAACCGCGAGGUUUUGACUAUUUUUUCAGCCGUAUCCAGGAUAAAAAGGCUGUAGAGGAAGCGAGGUUCCCAGUGCUGUGUGGGAUGCUAACGGACUGGUGGCGCGUUGAGGCUGAGGGAGCAUGGUGAAACACCAACCCUUACAGGUCUAUGAGAAGCAGGUCUUUUUGUCCUUUGUCACUGGCAUCUAUGGUUGCCGCUGGAAACGCUACCAGCGUUCCCAAGACGACAGCUCCAAGUGGGAGUGUGCAUGGUUCGUCAUCCUGUGUACUUCCUUCCUGCUGCUACUCUUUUGGGCCUAUUUCUGGUUGGUGGCUCAAAAUGAUUUCAAUGACUUCAACAGGUUGGUUUACAACCGGUCUGGGCAGUGGAAGGAUGAGACCGUCCCUAUCUUCACAUCCACCACCGUGGGAUUCAGCUACAUCACAUUCCUGCUGAUUUUAGCGUUUUUCCACAUAUCGUUGGGGCAGCAGCUAAAUCUCUACUGGGUUCACAAGAUCGGAGUGUUGGCUACACUGCUCACCACCGUUUCGGGUAUUGUCUCUAUUGAUGACAUAUGGGGAGACGAGUGGGACAUCCUGCUGGUGUCGCUGCAGUCCACAGCACCUUACCUGCACAUCGGAGCCCUGAUCACUGUCACUGCCAUCAGCUGGUUGGUGGCUGGAUAUGUGGUCCGCAAAGAGAGAUCCACUUUCCAGGUGGUGGUGUUGCUGGUUUACUUCAUGAUCCUCCUGGCCCUGUGCGCGGCCCCUCUCACCUUCACCUGCCCCUGCAUCAUGGAUCGCAGCACCCUCAAACCACGGCCAGAGAUCACUGGCCGGCGGGGAGCCCCCAUGCUGGCCCCAGAAAACACUGUGAUGUCCUUUAACAGAGCUCUGCAGCAUGGAGUCAGCUCCCUGGAAGCAGACGUCACCAUCAGUGUGGACGGGGUCCCUUUCCUCAUGAGGGACCGCACAUUGAAACGGACCACAGAUGUCAGUAAGGUCUUUCCAUCCAGGAGGUAUGAAGAUGCCUCCUUCUUCAACUGGACAGAGAUCCGCUCUCUGAAUGCGGGCCACUGGUUUUUGGAGAGUGACCCCUACUGGACGGUGAACACCCUGACGGCGAGGGAUCGCAGCAGGAUAGGGAACCUAACGGUGUGCAGCCUGGUGGAGAUGCUCCGUCUGGCUGCCAGGGCCAACAGCUCUGCUCUGCUCAACAUCCGCAAACCUCCGCCUGAGCACCCCCGCUUCCGGAGCUGGUUCAUGGACACGCUGUGGGCUUUGCAGAAAUCAGGGAUUUCCCAGAAAAGGGUGACCCUGGCCCCUGACACGGACAGGGGGAGGGUGCGAGGGCUUCACCAGACCACAAACGAAAAGCUGUCAGUGGAGGACAUAAAGCAGCGAGGAAUUACAAGUCUGACCCUCCACUACAGCAAGAUCAGCUACAAAGACAUCCAGGAAUACUUGGCCAACAAUGUGAGUGUGACUAUCUACCCAGUCAACGAGCCCUGGCUCUACUCCAUUCUGUGGUGUAGCGGGGUGCCUUCCGUGUCCUCUGAUGCCCCUCAAGUCCUCCGAAAAGUGCCUUACCCUAUCUGGCUCAUGAGUCACAGUGCUUACAACUUCAUCUGGAUCGCUUCAGACCUGGUCUCCCUCGCCAUUGUCAUAGGCAUUUUCACCUUCCAGAACUAUCAUAUGAUCAGGUGGCGGAUUAGCGGGAUGCAGAACUACAACCCGGAGCAGAUUAUGCUGAGUGCUGUGGCCCGCCGGCCCAGUCGGGACGUUAACAUCAUGAAGGAGAAGCUCAUAUUCUCAGAGCUUAACAACGGGCUGGGCAGCACAGAGGAGCUCUCUCUCUACCCGGAGAACGGUCAUGUGAGGUUCAAUCACGAAGGCUGCUGAAAAACCUCAGGAACUUCUGGAAAAUCCCGGAUCACGGUUUCAAAAUGUUCAAAAAACGAUUAUCAAACGAUUUUGAUGAGAUCGGAUCCCAGCUACUAUAUUCUGUAUAAACUACCGAGAACUAUUCUCUAUGGCCUAUUUCUUUUCUUUAAGUUUAGAACAUGGAUAUAUAUUUAGUAUAGAAGUCCCAACAUUUGAAGCGGCUUUACUAUAUUUUAUAAUCCAGUGUGAGACUAAAUGUAAAAUCAAACUCAAUCAAAAAUAGUCAAUCAUCCUUUAUCUCAGCUAUUUGUGUAGAAGAAGAAUAUCCCUCAUCAGUGGAAACACAUGGCUGGUAUGUGCCUAUGGCCUCAUGACCAAAGAGGUUUGCUUAAAAAUGAAUCAAAGUCUUAUUGCACUGAUUCUGAUGGAGCAAAAGGUGAUUUGAGACUACUUUUCUCUUUUUUUUUCAAUAAAUACGGUUGCUAGUGAUGAACGAUGGGCCAAAUUCCACCUGAUUAGCAGAAGUCUGAGAGAGAUUAGUGCUGUCAGAUCGCUUCUCUGUUGUUUUCUAAUUGGACUUUUCUGUAUUAUAAACGUAUGUAAAUAUGACUGGUGUGGUUUGAAUAUAUGCAUUGUAUAUUUCAUUGUACAUUUCUUAUCAACUGGUCGUCAUUGGCCUGUGACAGACCUAGAAAGGGCACAUGUGUUUACGGGGUUUGGCGAAAAUGCUGUUGGUACUGUUCUGAUCUGUUUUCUGCCUCUUUUCUGUCAUGCCAUGAUUGUUUUACAUGUAGUCAUUAGGAAAUACAUCGUUCACAUGCUGCCUUUUUGUUACAUAUUUGUAGACUAUGUUUUGUCUUGAGGUUUUUUCCCUUUUGUAGGAGUACUGAUUUCAGCUUAGAGCCUCUUCUAGCUGCAGACGUAUUGAUUAUUCAAUAAAAAAAGUGGUUGUUUUUCCUCAUAAAA